UUUCAUUUGCAGGACACACUACUUUACCUAUCGGCAUCUUAGGAUAGUAAACAGUGUGCAUAGCAGGUCCAGAAUGUUUUCUUAGUUUGAGCAGCUCAGCGUCGUCGACAGUGGCGGGGCACCAGCGCUAUGGAGUUUGCUCUUGGCAUGCUGCUUGUCGCCUUGCUGCCGCUUCAUCACGCGAUGGCGGCGACCGCGUUGGAAGUGAGCUGCCAGGUUGUAAUAGGCAGCCUGCAGCCAACAAUGCAGACAGCGCCAUUGGCACCUCCCCCAUCCCCCUUCCCUCCUCCUCCUCCGCCACCUCCCCCGCCUCCCCCUCCCUUGCCGUCGCCCCGAUCACCUCCCAGCUGGCCCCCCGAAUCCUUCCCGCCGCCUAUCGAGGUUCAACCUCAGCCUUCCCCAUCUCCGCCUCCCGCUGACGAUGGCUCAUCGGACUCUACUUCGCCUCCCGAAGCACCUGAGGUCACCCAGACUGCAAACGUGCAAACCGCUAGCAUCUUUUGCGACGGCCUCGACGGCUCGGCCGCAAACGUUACCGUGUAUGUCGGCGAGGCGCUUUACAACUACCUGUGGCUCCGCAAAUGGGCAUCGACACGGGGCGUGAACCUAGUCAAGGGCCGUGCCUUUGCCGGCACCGCCGCGAGCGGCUUGGCCGCCUCACAUGAGCAGUCGUCCAACCACAACAGCCCAUUCAUGGAGGACUGGGGCGUCACGUUUGUUAAUCUCGCACACCUCAACCUUGACGGUUCCAGCAUUACGGACCUGCCGCUCAGCCCCGUGGCGCCGCUGCUCCAGUGCCUCAACUGCAGCCGCGUGUCAGCCGCAGGUCUAACCCUGGCACGGCUCACAGGCAGCUCGGGGCGGCCCCCGUUUCCUGCAGCCAACGGCGGCGCAUGCCCCGCCGCCGCCACCUCGCCCGCCGACGCCGUGGCGGCGGCAGGCCUGGCGGGGCAGCGCUUGCCCGCGUACGGCGCAAUGUACGUCACAGGCGCGUCUGCCGUACACCUGGUAUCCUUCACGUGUACGGACGUUACAGAGGCGCAUGGCUUCGCCUGUGUCAGUUUUGAACUGGUUGCGCCCGCGGCAGCAGCGCCGGACGCGGUGGGAGGUGGUGUUGACGUGGGAGGAGGCGGCGGUGCAGGAAGCGGAGCGGGAGCGGGACCGGCCGGGGAGGAGGCAUCGACUGGCGCCGCCGCUGCAGCCGCCGUGUUUCGAUGUGACGGCUGCGUCGUACAGCGAAACCGUGUGUCAUGGGGCGAGCCGGAGCCAGCCGCCGCCACCGGGAUUGGGGCCAGUGGCGUGUCCGGGAGCUCGGCGGUGGGCCGCGGGGCGGUGGUGCUCCGCAGCCGCGCCGCCGCCGCCCUGCAGACGGGAGCGGAGGUGGAGGUGGCGGCGGUGCUGAACGACUGCAGCUGGGACGGCAACCACGGCGGCGCGGGCGCGGCUCUGUCCGCCGAUGCCGGCGUGCGGCUGGUGUCGCUGGCCAUCGCGCGCAGCCGCCUGGCCCACAACUUUGCAGAGCUGGGGCACGGCGGCGCGCUGCUGCUGGAGGGCGGGCUGGGCUCGCUCACCCUCACCGGCGGCAGCAUUUUCGCCAACAACUCAGCCAGCGGGUUCGGCGGCGCUGUGGCUGUCGGCGCGGCCUUCGUGCCGGGAUUCAGCCUGCCUGCGGCCUCCGGCACCGCCGCCUCCGGUGCCUUCGGCGCUGCUGAUGCGCUAGGGGAGCUGGUGGUGGAGGGCGGCAGUUUGGUGCAGGAGAACCGGGCGCUGCUGGGUGGAGGCGGCGUGUUCGUGAACGGCUCGCUGGGCGUGCUGGUGGUGUCCGGCGACGGCAGCGGCGUGAGCGGCAAUGUCGCGGACUGGGGAAGCGGCGGCGCGGUGUUGGUGGCAGGAAGAUUGGGUGCGCUGACGCUGUCUGGCGGCGGCGGCGGCGGCGGCCGCGGAGGUGCUGGUGGCGGAGGUUCCAAUGGCGGCGCCGGGGGCGACGCGGCAGUAGCGGCGACGGUGGCGGCAGGGUUUUGCACGCUGUGCGGCAACAGCGCGUACGACAGCGGCGGCGCGAUCUACGUGGCUGGCAGUACAGGCAGUAGCACCGGCAGUAGCAGCACUGGCAGUGGCAGUACAGGCAGUAGCAGCACCGGCAGUAGCACCGGCAGUAGCAGCACGGGUAACAGCGCCGGCGGCAGUAGCAGCGUGGCUGCCGGCGUGGUCAUUGAGGUGGGGUACGGGGCGCGCGUGGAGGACAACACAGCUGUGAACGGCGCGGGUGGUGCGCUGUGCCUGACCGGCGCCGUGGCACGCCUGCGAGUGGCGGGCCCCGGCACGCGCCUCCUCCGCAACGCCGCCGCCCUCACCGGCGGCGCAGUGAUGGUACGGCAGGGGGGCGUGUCUGGAUCCAUAACGUUGGCGGACGGAGCGGUGGUGGCCAACUGCAGCGCGCGCAAGGGCGGCGCUUUCAAGGUUGACGGCGAUGUGGGCUCACUGCUCAUCACUGGCGGCGCCCGCCUAGACGCAAACAACGCCACCCGUGGGCCCGGCGGCGGCGCACAGGUCGAGGGCCGCCUGACACUGCUGCUCCUCAGCGGCGGCGGCAGCUCCGCCUCCGGCAAUGCCGCCUUUCUCCGCGGCGGCGCGUUCUACGUCGGCGGCGGGCUUGGAUCGGCGGUUGUGGAGGCGGGCGCGGCGGCGGAGGACAACGCGGCUCAAUUUGCCGGCGGCGCGCUAGGCGUGGAUGUGGGCCUAGGAAGCUUGACGGUGCGCGGCGCCGGCAGCAGCAUCAGCCGGAACACGGCGACGUUGGACGCGGGCGGCGGCGUCUGGGUGCGUGGCGACCUCGGGGAGCUUAAGGUGUCGGCGGCGGCGCGGUUGGCGGAGAACUUCGCGCUGAACGCCGGCGGCGGCGUGUACGUCAGCGGCGGGCUGGCCGGCGGCGGCGUGUGGGUGCUGGACGGCGGCGCCAUUGACGCCAACCGCGUGUCGCGCAGCCGCGGCGGCGGGCUAGCGGUGCGUGGCAACAUGUCCAGCUUGACGCUGGCGCGUGGCGGCAGCAUCUCUGGCAACACCGCAGGCGACGUCGCGCCGCCGCUGAGUGCCGGCGCGCGGAGCCACAUGCCUAUGGCGGCGGGCGUGUGGGUGGGCGGCGCGGUGGGCGCGAUCCGGAUCUGGGACGGCAGUCGCAUUAGUAAUAACAUCGCUCGGAAAGGCGGCGCGGCGAUCUAUGUGGGAAACCCGGACGACGCGGCGGGAUCUGGGGGAUCGGGGCACGUGGGAUCGCUGGAGCUGACUAAUGGAUCCUGCAUCUGCGACAACCUGUCUGGCGUUAUCCCGGAUGACGGGUCACGCCACGCCGUGGUUUUCAUCGCCGGCCGCGCCGGAUCCAUCCGGAUCCAAAACUCCUCCGUCUCCCGUAACCGGGUGCCGUACGGCGACUCGGUUUCGUUGCCGUACGGCACCACGCACGGCGGCGCGCUGCUGGCGUGGCAGGGCGUGGGGAGCUUCGUGGCAACUGCCGGCAGCGACCUGUCUGACAACGCUGGCGGUGACGGUGCCGUUCUGUGCGUGCCUGACCAGCCCGCCAGCCCCACCUCCACCACCGCCCUCACCUCAGCCGCCGCCUCUGCUUCGGAUGUAACCUCUGGAAGCAUUGUAAGCGCUGCCGCCGCCAACCAGACCGCGGCGGCGGCGGAAGCGGCGGCGGCGGCGGCGGCCAGGUUUUACGCAAUCGGCGAGUUCGUUCUCGAGGGCAGCCAAAUGGAGCGAAACGUGGCGCGCGGCGCCGGCGGCGCUUUGUGGAGCAUGGGCCGAGUGGGGCGCGUGCUGAUCUCUGGGGCCAGCAGCGUCAGCGGCAACCGUGCCGACGGCACACCUGGCGGCGGGGCGGUUUACCUAGGGCUCCACCUGUUGAGCAACGUGACGAUUGUGGACAGUGUGGUGGCUGCCAACGCGGCGACGCAAGGGUCGGGCGGGUUCCUGAUGCACCAGGUGAACGCCACAGGAGUUGAGGAGGUGGCGGCGCGCCUGCCGCCCCUCCUGGCGCCAGGCACCAUCAGCACCAACCACACCGGCUCCGCCUCCUCCGCCUCCUCCACCGCCUUUCCUGCAUCCGUGCUGACGCUGCUCCGCUCCAAUGUCACCGACAACGUGGCCGUCCGGGACGGCGGCGCGUUCAUGUUUGACAUGAACGUGUCCGUCCCGCUCCUGGGUGCAGCCACCAAGCCUGGUGCGACCGCAGCCGCGGCGGCGGCGGCGGCGGCUGCUGCGGCGGCGCUGGCGGCGCGGCCUGGGCCGCCGCUGCUGCAGCUUCGGGUGGAGGGCAGUGAGCUGAGUGGCAACUGGGCUCGCAUCGGCGCCGGCGGCGCGGUGGCAAUGCUGAACGCGCUGCCCUCGACUGUGGCGACCGCAGGCAAUAGCAGCAACACGAACAGCAGCGAUUACAGCGCGCAACAGCAGCAGCAGCAGCAGCAGCAGCAGCAGCAGCAGCGGCGGCGGCUGGCGGACGUGUGGCUGGGCUUCGAGCUUCUCAUAGUCGGCGGCAGCCAGCUGCGUCGCAACCGGGCCGGCGACGACUCGGUGCGGUUCGAGCAGUCGGUGGAGGACGUCAGCCCGCUGGCCGGUCAAGGAGGCGCCCUGUUCCUCUGGGCACAGCCCACCACCACCACCACCACCUUCGCCACCACGACCACCACCCUCCACGCAGCAGCAGCACCAGAGGACGGCGGCUCCAGGGGCAGUGGCAAUGCGUCGGCUGCCGACAGCGCCGCCUGCGGCGGCUCCGCCGCGCAGCUGGCGCAGCAGCAGAUGGCGGCGGGCAUGGGCUCGGUGGAGGGGGCGGUGGCGUGGCCGGCGGGCAGUCGCGCCUGCCGGCUGUAUGUGGAGGGCGCGACGCUAGCGGACAACCAGGCCACGGGGGGCUACGGCGGCGGCGCGGCGGUGGUGAACUGCGCUGUGGCGGUGCGCCGCAGCCGCUUUGCGGGCAAUGCCGCCACACUGCGGGGCGGCGGUCUGGCGUUUGCGGACUAUGGGCUUCCGGCUGAGGCGGUGGCAGCGGCGGCGGUGGGUGCUGCUGCGAAAGGGGAACCGGGGGAUUGUGGCGGCGGCGGCGGCGUGGUGGCGGACGCGAAUAGCAACGGCAGUGCUGUGGAUGCGGUGACAGCCCGGCACCUGUUGCAACAGCCACAGCCACAGCCACAGCCACAGCCACAGCCACAGCCACAGCCACAGCCACAGCCACAGCCACAGCCACAGCCACAGCCACAGCCACAGCCUGUGCACAGCUUGUGGUUGGACAUCAGCAGGUCUGACUUUGAGUCCAACUCCGCCGUGGGAGGUGGCGGUGGUUUGUUUGUCGAGGUCAACACCACGGCCGCCGCGCGCCUAGCCGACAGCAGCCUUACCGGGAACAGCGUGCCUCGCGAGGGCGGCGGCGCGCUCAUUGUCGUGGCUGCUACUGCCGCUUCUGCUGCUAGUGCUACUGCUACAACAAAUGCUGCUGAUCUUAAUACUACAGCCACCAACGGCUCCUUGCCGAGCAGCAACGGCAGUGGAAGUGGCAGUAGUGGCAGCAGCAGCAAUAGCACCAGCGUGGCCAAUGCUGCUACAGCCGCGGUGACGGUGCUGCGUGUGAGCUGUGUGGGGAACCAGGCGGGAGAGGCGGGGGGCUGUCUGGCGGUGCGGGCGGCGGCGCCCGGCGCGUCGGUGGCGGUGCAGGAGCUGUGGGCGACGGCCAAUGCGGCGGGCAGCGGCGCGGGCGUGAGCGUGUCGGGUGUGCGUGGGUCAGCCGUGACAGCCGACGGCUGCAUUUUUGAGUCCAACACUGCCCAGACGACGGGUGGCGGUUGGGCCACCGGUGCCAGCUUCCCCGCUGCCGGCGGCGCCAGCAAUGAUGCUACAGCCGGCGCCGACAUAGCAGCAGCAGCAGUAGCAGCAGUAGCACCAGCCGUGAUGUCGGUGCGGCUGAGUAACUGUAGCUUCCGCGGCAACAGAGCAUUGCUGGGUGGCGGCGCGGCGUUCGUGCCGGACCCGGCUGUAGCAUCUUUGGUGCAGAGCUGCAACUUCACGUUGAACUCAGCGUCUGGGUCAGGUGGCGGCGUGGCGGUUGAUGGCUCGGUGCGGCCUGGUGGAAGCGUUAUAGUGAGCGGCUGUGCCUUUGACUUCAAUGAGGCCUUGGUCAGCGGCGGCGCCGCGCACGUGCUGGCGGCGGCGGACGGCGGCAGUAGCAGCAGCGGCAGUGGCAGCAGCGGCAGUAGCUGCGGCGGGCUGCUUCAGCUGCUGGACGGCUGCAGUCUCAACUCCAACACCGCGGGUAGUACCGCGGGCGCGGUGAUGGUGGAGGUCGGCUUCGGCAGUAGCAGCAGCAGCAGCAGCAACAACAGCAGCGGCGGCGGCAGUAGCAGUGCCCUGGCCCUUCCCGCUGCUGGAAAUGCUAGCACCGAUGCCAGUACCACCACCACUGUCAACACCUGCCUGCUGCAGCCGGCACUGCGGCUGCAGGACGCGAGCGUCUCUGCCUGUUCCGCCCCACUCGGCGGCGCGGUGUUUGUCGCCGCCGGCGCCGUUGCGCUGCUCAACAACAGCCGCCUUAUUAAUAACAGCGCCACAAUCUCCGGCGGCGCAGUGGCGGGCGUAGGCUGCGGCGCGCUGCGCAUGACGGGCUGCGAAUUGGUUGGGGGCGACGCAAAGCUGUCGGGUGGCGGCGUGUUUGUGGAUUCGUGCGGGCUGGUAGUUGUGGACCGGAGCGUACUGCGCAACAACUCCGCGUCAGCCGGCGGCGCCGUCCACGUGUCCGGCCUGCGCUCCAACGCCAGCAGUAGCAGCAGUAGCAGUUCCAGCAGCAGCGCCGGCAGUAGCAGCAGCGCCGGCAGUAGCAGCAGCACCGGCAGUAGCAGCAGCACCGGCAGUAGCAGCAGCACCGGCAGUAGCAGCAGCACGCUGCCCGUGGUGCUACUGCACCGCGUUGACAUGUCGGGUAACCGGGCAUCAGGGGUGUUUGGCGACGCCUCUCUCCUAGAUGUCAACUAUCCCAGUUACGCCGGGUUUCUGCCGUACGGGUCGCACGGCGGUGCCGUACUCGUCAGUAACGUUAUCGGUGUGGCCAUCAGUGGCAGCGACGUUGCCUCUUCAAACACGGCCGAGGUGGGGUCCGCAAUUGCGUCCACCCAGCGCUGCGACGGCAGUAGCAGCAGUAGCAGCAGCAGUAGCGGCGUUGAAGCAGGCGGGCUGGUGGCGCUGGCGGCGCUUUCGGCGGCGGCGGCGGCGCAGCAGGCGGCGGCGGAGGGCGGGCUGGUGUCUGAGGCGGCGUGGCGGGCGGCACUGGGGGAGCUGCGGCGGGCGCUGGCUGCGCGGUGUGCGCUGCUCACCAUUGCCAACACCCACCUACCCAUGAGCGAUGACAAUGGAACCAAGGCUGAGGGCGGCGUGGCGUUGCCUCCACUGCCGGCGGUGUGGAUGGAGGACCUGCGUGCCACCUCCCUGGAGGCCCGGUGCAGCCUGACCAUGGACGGCAGUAGCAGCAGCAGUAGCAGCGGCAGUAGUAGCGGCAGUAGCAGCGAUGACGGGGGCAUCUCCAGCAUUGCAGACAUGGUGCAGCAGUCGCUGGCGGAGAUGCCCGCCCCCAAUACUGCGCUGGCAGUGGCAACAGUAGCAGCAGCCGGAGUGCCGCCACCAGCAGCCGCUGCCUUUGCGGCGGCGAACGGCAGCAGCGGUGUGGCUGUGAGCACCAUCAGCAUGCGCACGCGCAUCACGCUGGGGACGCUUCUGCAGAUGCUUCACAAUUGCGUCCGUGGCGGCGGCGCGAUCGCCAGCAGCAGCAGUAGCAGCAGCAGUAGUAACAACACCAGCGCAAACAACACUAACCGUAGCAGCGUUACACUGGAGGCCUCAGGCGUGAACUCAGUUGGCAGUGGCAGCAGCAGCAGUAGCAGCAGUACUGCCCAGGUGGCUAUAGCAGUGUCCGCCACGCACCUGCGUGUCGCCUACGUCACCGAUGCACUGCUCCUAGCCAACAUCAGCGGUCGCGUGCGGCCGGCGUUCCAGACCUCCGCCCAAGCCCCGAGCCAGCAGCAGGAACAGCAGCAGGCUUCGGCAGUAGCAGAUGCACUGGCUGCAGGCGCUGCCGCGGGCGAGCCGUCUGACGGCAGUAGCAGCAGCAGUAGCAGCACGGCCCUGGCGGCCGGCGCGCUGGCGGGGCUGCUGGUUGCGCCGGGCGGGCGAUUCGGGCUGCGGCUGCAGCUGCACGACGGUCUGGGCCAGCCUGUGGCAGUGGACAUCCCCAAGUACGACAUACGGCUGGAUCUAAUCCGCAUGGACGACAACGCCUCAACCGUCGCCGGCUCAGCCGCCGGCGGUACGGCAACUGCCGUACUGCGCGGUGCCGACUUCCCCGUAACCACCUCGUACGGCGUGGCCACGUGGGACGACCUGGAGGCUUACGGCUGGCCGGGGCGGCACGUGCUGCGAGCCCGGGCCGAGGUCUCGCUCGACGCCGUCGGCCCUCGGGCCUACCCGAUCUCGACGCUGCGCAUCCCGCUGGUCCUGGUGCCCUGCGAAUUGGGACAAGAGCUGCAGCAGGCCCCCGGCAGUGGCAGUAACGGCGGCGGCAGCGAUUCAGCCGUCGUGCUCACGUCAUGUAGGCAGUGCCGGCGCGACCAACUAGGACUGUGGAAUGACACGCGCCCCCCGCUGCCGUCAUCAUCACCGCCCCCCGCCGGUGCCAGCAGCACCAGCACCAGCAACAGCAGCGAUGCCGGCGCCGGAGCCGGCGCAGCUGCCGGCGUCAAUGCCACAGCCGCCAUUCUGGAGGCACUGGCGGGCGCCGCCGCCGUGACACGUGACCUGCUGGGGCUCAGCACGGAGGCAGGCGCGGACGACGCGUGCGAUGCAUGUUGUGUGCCGUGCCCCGACGGCGCCACGUGUGCUGGCGGCGCGCUUCUCAUUCCGCAGCCCGGCUACUGGCACAGCGCUGCCAACUCCACAGCAGUGCACGCCUGCAUCAACCCCGCCGCUUGCGGCGACGGCUGGGACGAGUCGGAACCCUGGAGCAAGUCUGUGGAGGCCACCCUGGCGGCCGCGGACCCAGACACGUUGGUCUGGAGCCAGGCCCAGCCGGCCCUGGCACUCGCGUACGCGGCCGUUGACAUCAUCACGUCGGACCCGCGGUCGAGGCUGCUGGGCAGGUGCCAGCAGUGGUGGUACCAUAACCUGCCGCCGCAGCAGUCGCGUGCCUGGGCCGCCGCCGGCUACUCCCCAGCCCUCACAGCCGCUGGAGCCGUGCUUUCACUGGAAGGCAGCAGCAGCAACAGCAGCAGCGGCAACGGUCCACCGCCGCCCUGGUGCCAGCUGUACGGGGGUGGGGCCGACCCCAGCAGCUAUCUGCAGCUGCAGUGCGUUGAGGGCUACACAGGCAACCUGUGCGCCACCUGCCAGCCCGGCUACACACUUGGCCCCGACUUUGACUGCUCGCCCUGCCCCAGCAUGGCGCGGACCAUCACGCUGGGUGUGCUGGCGUUCUUUGGCACGGUGCUCUUGAUCGUGUACACCACCUUCACAAACAUGGCCCAGGACUUUGAGGAGAUUUCGAUGAAGCUGGAAGCCGAAAAGGUGAAACGCAAGGCCAAGAAAGCCAGGAAGAGAGCGGAAAAGGAGCAGCUCAAGAGCGUCGAGAAGGCCGCUGAACCGGCGGAGAAGCAUGAGGAGAAAUCCGCAAUGAUAGGGCACGACUACGACGAUGAUGAAGACGACUUCAGCGCGUCAGAUGUUCUGAAGGCCAUCAUCACGCACGCCCAGUUCUACAUCAUCGUCACAAAGCUGGGCAUUUCCUAUCCCCACGUCGUCACCAAGUACCAGGCCGCCGUGUCUGCAUUCACUGGCGCCGAGAACUACGUCGCCUACAGCCCCACCUGCCUCACACCCGACUCGGGGCCGGAGGGCCAGGCCUCCACCGCCGUGGCUCUGGGCCUGCUGACGCCGUGUGUGGCCACGGCUGUGGCCGCCUUGCUGUGGGCGGCAAGGAGGCUUACCCUCAACCAGAGCCACCACCACUGUCCGCCACCAGUGCCGGGCAGCUGCGUCGGCGGGGCGGCCGGCAGCAGCUCUCCCGACAUCAGCCGCAGCGCCACCCGCGGCGCCUCAGCAGCAACAAACGCUUGCAACGGCGACAACGCAGCAGCCCCAGCAGCAGCGGGACCCGCAGCUCCCACCGGCGGGGAGGACCGUCGGGAGGCGCAGGCCGCGGCAUCUGCGGCGGAUACGGCAGCUGCGCUACUUCAACAGGAGGCUGUGACCAGCGGCGUAUCCGCAGCCCUGGAGCUUCAAGAAAUCCAUGCAUACGUGCCUUUGCCCGUGCCUAUCGACAGCGCCGCCGGAUUAGAGAUUCUCAGGGACUCUCACGCGCUGGCAAGCUUUCACACGUCUCGCUCAGCGACCCCGCGGACCCACACAGCCGCCAACACGCCGAGGGGCCCCCUGUCAGCCUUCGCCACGCCGAUACGCUCUCAGCCCCACCACCACAGCGCCCAUCCCGCCGCUGGCGAGGCAUCAUCCGUCGCUCGCAGCAGUGUCGGUCACGGCAACCUCAACGGCAGCUGGCGCGGCUCUGGGCUGACCGGGGGGCCUCAGAGCGCUGAGCGGGAUCCACGUGUGCCGCCGCCGCCGCCGCCGCCGCCUGCUGGUGCCGCCGCUGCCGCCGCCGCCGCCGCCGCCGCCGCCGCCGCUACCGGUGCCGCUGGCCCCGUUGCUGAGUCGCUGCAGGAGGAGGGUGCCGGGCGCGGGGCCGUGCCAGAGGAUGUUGCAACAACAGCAGCAGGCGUCGUGGGGAUUGCGCUGUGGAGCUCCAACAACCAUGCCGGCGGCGGCAGCAGCACCUGGCUGGACGUGCUGAUGGCGGCGCCGCAGCCGCAACCCCCACCCAUCGCUGCUGCCGCCUCUGCCAACGGCGCGCCUGCCUCUACCUCUGCCGCUGCUUCCUACGCCGCCGCCGUCGCAGGCGCCGCCACACCGCCGGCUCCUAUGCCAGUCGGCGACGACGACGGAUACGCCCUCCAGAGGGCUGAGAAGGCCACGGCGGCGCAGCCGCCCGGCGGCUCCGCCGCCGCUGGCGCCUCGGAGCGCGCAGGCGCCGCCGCCGCCGGCAUAAGGAAGGGCCGCGGGUGCUGGAAUUGGGAGGCGCACAAGGCAAAAGCGCAUGCAUGGGUGAUCCACACGAAGGACCAGCUUCGUCACCCGCUCCGAGGUGUGGCGUACGCGGACUCCAAGCUGCCCGUGCUGAAGCAGCUGUGUGUACUGCUAAUCGUGGCGUCCUUCAUCCUCUACCCCUCGCUAGCCCAGGUAUCGCUGUCCAUCUUCGCCUGCUACGAGCUCGACACUGGCGCCGGCACCUUCCCAGAAAACCAGCUGACGCUUUCGUCAGACGGCUGGUGGCUGCGAAACAUGAACCAGCGCUGCUACACGGGCCUGCACCGCUCCCUGUACCUGCCCAUUGGCAUCGUGGCGGUGAUUGUGUUCUGUGCGGCGCCGCCUCUGAGCUACUUCCUCAUCACGUUCGUCAACAAGGACCGUCUGCAGAAGCCAGGCAUCCUGGUCCAGUUCGGCUUUCUGUACCAACAGUACAGGCGGGGCUGGCACUGGUGGGGAAGUGUCCGCCAGCUGCAGACCCUGGCGCUGGUGGUAGUGGAGGUUUUCGGCAGCGCCGUGUCGACCCUGAGCCAGUCGCUGAUGCUGCUGGCGGUGCUCAUCCUUUUCUCCAUGGUCAAUAUGGCGUGUCCCGCCGAGAGAUCCAAAACACUGCGCAUGAUCGAGUUCCUAUCCACCGCCGUGCUGUGCCUCACCAUUACGCUGUCGCUGUACUUCAUCCAGAUCCCAGACGACCAACAGCUGUCCGACGCCGCGAUGGCGGCGGUUGGCAUUGUAAUCGUGGUGAUCAAUGUGGCCCUCGUUGCGGGCUUUGUGAUGGUAAUGCUCAAGUCGGGGCCCGUCGUGCCCAAGCGGGUGCAAAAGGCGUGGAAGAGGUUCCGCAAGCAAGCCAAGCACAAGCUGAAGGUCUUUGGCUGCUGCUGCAAGGGCGGCGUGUGUGCAUUAUGGAAGGGUGGUAAGGUAGAUGGAAAUCAAGAAUCAGACCGCAAACCUGCCGUUGUUUAGGCGGGGGUUUCCACGCUCACAUACAGAGAGCAUCGCUUGUUGUACCGAAGUAUACUGUUGAUUCGUUCAUUUACAAUGCAUUGGGGAUUGGCAACUAAGCACGUGUGCUUUGGGUCGGGAGGGGGUGGGUGGGUGGGUUGGGAACGGGUCGUGGGGUAGCUUACGAACCCGUCAUGGCAGGUAGCAAGGCGGGUCCAGUGGAGGGUCAAACCAAAGGGCUGUCGCCAGCUGAGGUUGAGUUGCGGAAUCGACGCGACCGUCACGCGCACUGUGAUAGGUGCCGGUGCAGCGGGAGCUUUGUGCGCGUGGACAUGUGUUGGUGCAGACAAGGGUUAGGGUCGACACUGUGCCAUACAUCUGUGUGGGAGGCAUCACAUAGGACACAUAACCCGACAAUCCGAGAAGAGACAGUUCAGACCAUAUGGCGUAUGUGUGUAUGUGCGCGCUGCAUACAGUACUGUAGGCGGCUAAUGUGCGUGCGUGUGAUCACGCAUGUGUGCCAAAGCAAGCACAGGGGGGAACGUGUGCGUGAGCGUGUAUGGGAAGUGAGUAGGCGAGGCAAGGAGCUGGCACGGACAUGCGGUCCCACAGGCAAAUUAUUGAGGACUGCGUAAGGGCGCGCAUCUCACGCGUAUGCCUGCCUACUUUUGUACUGCCAUCAAUGAUGGCAUCGAGUGAAGCUGCUCGCACCUGAAUUGCUGGCUGUACGAGGCUGUACUCCAAGGGACUUAGCCCCAU